UCGUCAGUUGAGGCUGAAGAGGCGGAGGCUGGCCCUUCUUGAUGGAGAGUUUUUAGGAGCGAGAAGAUGGAAAGAGGAGGCGUGAUGAACGCCACGGAGAUCCCGGGCUACAACAACCGCACUCAAACGUCGGGGACCCUGCUCUCCAAGGAGGACCCGGCGGGCAGGCGGGGCUCCUCGGCGGGAUGCUACGAGCAGCUGCUCAUCUCCACCGAGGUCUUCCUGACGCUGGGCGUGGUCAGCCUGCUGGAGAACAUCCUGGUGGUGGUGGCCAUCGUGAAGAACAAGAACCUGCACUCGCCCAUGUACUUCUUCAUCUGCAGCCUGGCGGUGGCCGACAUGCUGGUGAGCGCCUCCAACGCCUCGGAGACCGUCGUCAUCGCGCUCAUCAACGACGGCAGCCUGAGCAUCCCCGUCACGCUCAUCAAGAGCAUGGACAACGUCUUCGACUCCAUGAUCUGCAGCUCGCUGCUGGCGUCCAUCUGCAGCCUGCUGGCCAUCGCCAUCGACCGCUACAUCACCAUCUUCUACGCGCUGCGCUACCACAACAUCGUCACCUUCAGGCGGGCCACGCUGGUCAUCAGCAGCAUCUGGGUCUGCUGCAUCAUGUCGGGCGUGCUCUUCAUCGUCUACUCGGAGAGCACCGCCGUGCUCAUCUGCCUCAUCAGCAUGUUCUUCACCAUGCUGGUGCUCAUGGCCUCGCUCUACGUGCACAUGUUCCUGCUGGCGCGCCUGCACAUGAAGCGCAUCGCCGCGCUGCCGGGCAACGGGCCCGUGCAGCAGCGGGCCAACAUGAAGGGCGCCAUCACGCUCACCAUCCUGCUGGGCGUCUUCGUGGUGUGCUGGGCGCCCUUCUUCCUGCACCUCAUCCUCAUGAUCAGCUGCCCCCGCAACCCCUACUGCACCUGCUUCAUGUCGCACUUCAACAUGUACCUCAUCCUCAUCAUGUGCAACUCCGUCAUCGACCCCAUCAUCUACGCCUUCCGCAGCCAGGAGAUGAGGAUGACCUUCAAGGAGAUCUUCUGCUGCUCGCACGCCCUCCUGUGCGUGUGAACUUUGACCUCCGCUUGAUGUGAAACGCAGGUUCGCCUGUUUGAAAAAAACAAAUGCAACCCAAAGUACUGGGACACCUGCAGGAAGUGGAAUUCUAAGCCCGCCUUCGUGGACAUGGCAACAGGAAGAAGCCUCAUUCUCGCACGCCAGCGAGCCAUUACUUAUGCCCACACGGGUAAAGUGUGCCUCCCUACCGUCGCCACGAAAGGACAAUUGGAUACGAGAAGCGAGAAAAUAAAGUGGAAAAGGAGCAAAAAGGAAAGUCGCAUAUAAUGCUAAUUAUCAUGAAAAUAAUAAUAAUAAAACGCUUUGUUUUGCUUGAAUGUAUAACUUCUUAGCACGUCCUCUGCAGAGGACAUUUUUGUUUCGCACAACAGGGCUACGUCCCUUAAAAAGAAUAUAUAAUUUAUAUGGGUGCACAAAAAAUGGAUUCACAUCCAAAUCGCGAUUGUCA